AUGUCCGUUGUGCACCGGGAAAGUCGUAGCGUUGGUUCAGGUGGAAAUAAACCCAUCGACACUGUUGUUGCUAGCACCACCAUCAAUGAAAAUCCACGCGAAACUAGGUCUCGGAAAAGAAAGUUGACUGGGAGCAAACCGGACAACAGAGAACUGGAGACUGAACAGCCAGCAAAACGCUUGCGCGGGUCAAAGAAGGAUACCAUACUCGCCAGUGUCUCUACGCCUCAGUUUUCACGCAGGCAGAGGAACAAGAAUAAGAACGUACUUGCCCCUACUCCCCUCGAUUCUGCUAUUCAGCCUAUGCAGGCCACUCAGGAGAUGCCGACACCGACACCGAAACCACAGAGGAACGCAAGGACAAAGCUCUCUUCUACACCGCGAGGAAAUCUUGCUUUAACAGGUGCAGAUACCCCAAAAUCCAGAGGCCGCGUAGCAGCACAAACACCAAACCAAAUCCGCAGUGACCUGCUGUUUAACCAGCCACAUAUUCGACAAGAGAUUAAGGAAGCCCAAGAAGACGAUGAUAGUGACCAGGAUAGUGACCUGAAUGGAGAUAUUGGUGACAUUGACCGUGAGGUUGAACGUCAAAAUGAUUCCGAGGCAGCCAAGCAUUUCAACGAAGAGGUCCCAAUUCAUGCAGCACAGUUCCCAAGUCGAGGUCAUGGCGGAAAGAACAAAACAGGUGAUGCGGGAAUGGUUAAUGACCGAAGUCGACAAGUUGAAGUUGGAGAAGACAUUGAGGAAGCCCUUUCUAGCUCUGAAGACGAUGUUCCAAAGCCUGCUCCUGUAACCAAGAAGGUACAAAGAAUGGCUGCUAAGCUCGCAGUAGAGCUUCCAGUCGUCUCCACCAACGAUGUAGAUAUGCCUACUCCCACCUCAACUCUUCCUCAAUUUCGAUCUGCUGAGCCUGCAUGGCUUCCACAUACAAACUUAAUCCUCAAACCAUCCACUGAUGCGACUUGGUCCUACAGACUUGAUUUGAAAGCCCAAAAUGCUCAAGUCAGAUCUGUUGUGAAAGCGGCAAGAAGUCGGGCAACUUUGGAGCUUGUAACUAAUGGUGAAGAAUGUGGUCUGCAAACCUCGGGGCUCAAUGCCAUCACAUUAGGUGCCCUGAUUCAAUGUGCCGACGAGCUGGGAUUUGAUGAAGACCUUGACUUAUCACACCGACUCGAGGAGGGAGACCAUACAACAUAUGCUAGACCUCUUAUAAAAUACGUUGCACAGCGGGUUAUACUUGAGCGAAGAACCCUAAAAACUGGCUUUUCAUCUGUUGUCCUCACUGCAUUUGGGCUCGACUACUCUGAAGAGGGAAUUGAAGACGCAAAGCAGUUGGUUGCUAAUUCGGAUUAUAUCUAUCAACUAUUACCAUCUGGCCUGUACGACUACGCCCGGCCAUUCAGUCACAACGUUAUCCAUAAAUAUCUUAGCGCGGCUCUUUUCAGUUCAACGAAAUACUCGAAACUAAUUAUGUCGAGGAAAGCAUCAAUAUUCGUUUCUUCUCUUCCUCAUAAGCCGCUUGAAUUGGAACUUCCAAAAGCCAUGGUAGCUAUGGCCAGUUGUGUGAUACAUUCUAUCUUGCAAGACCAUGCAAAAUUUACUGAGGAAAAUUUUCCACCAACUGGGCUUCACUCGCAAUGGUCGACAUUCAUGGCCAUUUUGACAAACUUGGAGACUGCUAGCAAGGUGAAUUAUCACAAGCUCAUGCAUAAGCUCUAUCUGCAAUCUUCUCGUACGGUUGCACCAACCAAACAUGGUCUCUCCCAGGAUCAAAUUCUGCAACGUAUCAACCUCACUGCAUUUGCAGCCAAUGGCGGUGACGAUGACAGCAGUAGCAGUUCAUCGGAAUCUGAUCCGGUGCAUGGAAGUUCAAAUGAUGGAGAGCGCACUAUUAGCUUGAGCGGGGAUGGCAUGGCUAAUAAUUCACUCAAUGGUGAGGGGUCUGCGAAUAGUACUGGGUCCGUAAGUGGUCAAGACGAUGAAUUCAAUGAAGAUAAGGCGGGCAAAGAGACUGAAGUGCAUGCUUAG